AUGAAUGAGAUUGAUAAAGCCAAAGAGAUAUAUGAGAAUUUACAGAAAACAACUCCCAUCGAUAGUUUCAACGAUCUGGCAUUAUGUUAUCAUCAACUCGGAUGUAUUUAUCGUUUGAAAUGUAACUUUGACGAUGCGCUAUCAAAUUUACAAAAGGCAGUUGAAAUUAUGCAGAAGUCUAGAUCACAAGAUCAUCCAGAUUUAGCAACUCCGUAUCAUAACAUCGCUUUGGUGCAUCGAUCGGCAGGAAGAAAUUCGGAAGCACUUUUAUAUUAUGAGAAGUCCCUUGGACUUAUGCAAAAUUCUUUAGAAGUUCCAUAUCAAUAUCUAGCUGGUACUCAUUGCAACAUCGCUGCAACGUAUCAAGCACUAGGACAAUACUCCAAAGCACUUUCAUAA